AUGUUCAAUUAUUCCUGGGACAGUUUCUAUCCCGAGGAUCCCACCAUUUAUGAUGAAAUUGACCCAAACACGGCCCCGUGUGUUCGAAGAGAGUUGGGUAACUUCACUCGCGUCUUCAGCCCCGUGGUCUUGUCUGUGGUCUUUGUGGUGGGCUUGAUCGGGAAUGGGCUGGUGGUGACAGUCUUGGGCAAACGCCGGUGCCCCUGGCUCUUGGCCGACUGUUACCUCUUCCAGUUGGCUCUGGCUGAUCUCCUUCUGGUGAUAUCUCUCCCCUUCUGGGCCGCCCAAUUCACCAGGGGUUGGAUAUUCGGAGAUGGACUCUGCAAACUCUUGGGGGCCCUGACGGCCAUGAACAGCUACAGCACCAUCUUUCUUCUGACCUGCAUCAGCGUGGAACGCUACCUGGCUAUUGUCCACGCUGUACAGCUGCACCUCCGUUGGAAGCUUCUCCACACUUACCUGGCCUCUGCCGUGCUCUGGGGAAUCUGCUUGGGGCUCUCGGCUGUGGAGUUGCGCUUCCGCACCGUGUCCUUCAUCCCCCAGGCAGGACGGUCCAUCUGCCAUCUGGGCUUUGAGGCCCAGGAAGCUGAGUCUUGGUGCCUGGGAUUGCGCCUCACCUCUUUCCUCCUUGGCUUCUUGUUGCCGGUUCUGGUGAUGUUCUUCUGCUAUGGCCGAAUCUUUGUCAGGCUUUGGCUUGCUCAUCUGUUCGGCAAGGUGCCGGCUUUGCGCUUGUUGGUGGUGAUUUUGGUCCUUUUUGUUAUCUCCUGGGCUCCUUUCCAUAUCUUCAUUCUCAUGGAUAGCCUGCAGCGUCAAGGCCAUUUGGGGCGAGACUGUGCCUGGGAAAAGGUACUGGAUUACGGACUGUUGUUCACACAGAGCCUUGGGUUGGUCCAUUGUUGUCUCAACCCUUUGGUGUAUGCCUUCGCCGGUGUCAAGUUUCGAAGGGAGCUUUCUGAGUUGUGGCAUAGACGGGACAGGAGUGAGGGACACCGACCAAGCAUCCCCAACUGGGAGUACAGCCAACCCACAGACCACACCAUGGCCCAAGGUAUAGACUACGGUUAUUCCAUCAUGAUGUGA